AUGGGUGUUCAUUGCACGAUCAUUGGCUGUUCCAACGAGAGUGGGAGGUGUCAAGCUCCCUUCUUUCGACUGCCAGUUGUAAUCACAAACCAGGACGAGAAAACUGAAGAGUUGUCCACAAAAAGACGAAGACUUUGGCUAUCCAGGAUCAGCAGGGCAGAUCUAACCGAGAAGUCAUACCCCUAUGUUAGGGUGUGUUCAGAGCACUUUGUCAAUGGCAAGCCGUCAGCUCUCUAUCCAGGAGUCAGUAUAGACUGGGCACCUUCUCUGAAGCUGGGCCACCACAAAGUAACCACUCUGACUUUGCUAACCCCUCUACGUGGUACCAGAAUCAAACAACGAGAGGAAAAGAAGAAGAAUUUGAAAGCUGCACAAUCACUUCUUCAACUUUUCAACCAGUGUCGACAAGAUGAAGUGCAGGUUACAUAUGUUACAACACAGGAUCACCCUGUGGUAACAAGUGACUGUGUCCAACAUGUACAGACAGAACUGUCUUCUAGUGUAGUAAGUGCUAUAGAAAGUGACUAUAACAGAAUCACUGUGGAGAGUGUUGAACUAAAACAGAAACUUGCAAACAUGACAAUAACUGCAGAAGGGUUACAGGGAAAUGAUGACAGGGUUAAAAUGUUGACUGGAAUCGCCACAUUCCAAAUUAUCAUGACUUUAUUCACUUUCUUGGAAACAUCACUUCAUUCAACCCACAGCAGUGCUCUGACCAAGUUUCAGCAGAUGAUGGUUGUCCUUGUCAGACUGAAGUUAGCCUUCCCGUGUCAAUAUUCGGCUGAAAUAUUUCAAGUUACUCCGAGCACCAUUAGCAAGGUAUUUUUGAAUUGUUUAAAUGUAAUGUUUGUGAAAACGAAACCACUGAUCUACUGGCCGCAAAGGGAGGAGCUAUAG